UAUUUAUAAAAGAAGGGCGGCCUAAUGUCCAGACUGAAAUCUGAUUGAAAGGCUAUCACAUAACUGGAAUUUGAUUGAAAGGCUGUCAUUUUGAGAGUUGACUGGAACGACAGGCCACUAGGUGACUAUCGCCUACCUUGCUGCCACAGCAAUAUGUAAUAAUGUUGCCUGACCUUUUUGUUCUUCCUUCGAAAUGGUCAAACUAAUUAACAUGGUUUGUGGGCCGAUAGCAUUGCGCAAUAAACGGUGCGACCAAAACGCUCUCAUACACGCUUCAGCGCGGCAUGAAGUUCGUACUGGCCCUUUAACUGGUGAGCCGAUUUUCAGAAAGCAACCACCUAUAACAGGCUCAGCGAUCCUCCCCCUGAUGGAUUAUUUACCGGGCGCUCAGUCCGGUGUCGCCAUCUGCCAGAAGAGGAAAAAUACACCCUUGAAGCACAUGAUACGACUUAGUAGUUGUUGGAAAGCAAAGUGGCUGAAGGAGUAAAUGACAUUCAAAUAAGUCGUGUGCGCAACAGGUGCGCGCCCAUCCUGCAGGAAGACGCACGCGAGACAGCAGGUCAGUUUCGAAUUUGAAACUACCGAAUGGACUGACUUUUGGAUGAUCCAUAGAGAAAUUGAGUGAUCAAUGUGAUGAUCGGUUUCCAAACACCGCGGUUAUUCUCGCGGUGAAGUAGUCGGACUCAAGUGUAAGGAAGGGAUCAGGAGGGGGCGGCGGUCGUUUGUGCAGCUUGCAGCAGCCAUGGUCGUCGAAAGCGAGCGGACGCUGCUGGCCGCAAGGCAGGGGGAUGUGCAAAUUCUCAAAGCGCAGUUCGCAUCGAAAUUGCUCACCAGACACGUGAAGGAUGCACUGGGGGCCUCGCCCGUCCACCACGCAGCCCGGGCGGGCAAACUGGCUUGCGUGCGCUUCCUGGUGGAGGAGGCUGGGCUGCCGGGCCACUGUCUGGCCAACAACGGGGCAAGUCCUGCGCACGAUGCCGCAGCCACCGGCAACCUGGCGUGCUUACAGUGGCUGCUGACCCAGGGUGGAUGCCGGCCAGAGGACAAAGACAGUUCUGGCGCUACCAUUCUCCACCUGGCCUCCCGCUUCAGUCAUCACGAGAUCACAGAGUGGCUGCUGAAGAGUGGGCAGGUGGACCCCGGGGCUGCCACCGACACGGGCGCCCUACCUGUUCACUACGCUGCUGCCAAGGGAGACCUGCCCUCGCUCCGACUCUUACUGGGGCACAGCCCAAAUUUCACCAACUCCCAAACUAAAAAUGGUGCCACACCGCUCUAUCUGGCCUGCCAGGAGGGCCAUUUGGAGGUCAUCCAGUACCUGGUCAAGGACAGCGGAGCUGAUCCACUCAUCAGAGCCAACGACGGGAUGACACCCUUGCAUGCCGCGUCCCAAAUGGGCCACAACACCGUCAUUGUUUGGCUGAUGAGUUUCACGGAGAUCAGUCUGAUGGACAAGGAUGGCGACGGGGCCACAGCUAUGCACUUUGCAGCCAGUCGCGGCCACACAAAAGUUCUCAGCUGGUUGCUCCUGCACGGGGGUGAGAUCAUCACCGACAGCUGGGGAGGGACACCGCUGCAUGACGCUGCAGAGAACGGUGAACUGGAGUGCUGUCAGAUUCUGGUGGUCAAUGGGGUGGAUCUGGCCAUCAGGGACCAGGAUGGCUUCACAGGGGCUGACCUGGCUGAAUACAACGGACACUUCCAGUGUGCCAAGUAUUUACGCACUGUCGAGAACAUGAGUGUGGAGCACCGGGUUUUGUCUCGGGACCCCUCGCUUGACCUCGCAUACAAGGAGCCUGAAAACAAGCAGCAGGAUUCGGGCCUCUCGUCCCCAAACACCACCAUGCCCCCUACCAGCCAAGCGGCCCACUUUGACAUUAGUUCACCGGCCAGCUCCUUGUCUAACUACGGCUCGGCCAACUCCAGCCAAUCCAGCACCGGGGAGAAGAGGAGCAGCUUAACAUUGUCUCGAGGCACACCGCUGAACACGGCCGCGCACACAGGUGCCUCAGAGACAGCCAUAUCCGACAUGCAAGCAUACAUGGACAUGCUAAACCCAGAUAUCGACCCAGACAGGCCCAAGAAGAGUCACGACUCUGUUUCAACGCUACCACCACCACCCACAUUUCCACCCCCGCCUCCCCCACAUUCUCCUCCGCCUCCCCCGCCGCCCCCCGGCUAUCCGGCACCGAAGCCCCCUCAGGAGGCCUCAUCGGUGGAGUUUCUGAAGGUGAAAAGCAACCUGCGCCACGUGGAGGGCAGCAACAACAAGAAGAAGGAGCAUCUGACGGUGGGAGAUCACCACGACAUACUGCGGCGUGCAGACUCCAACAGAAAGUCGAGGAGCUUCAAUAAGCAGCCAAGCACUGGGGACUACUACAAGACCCUGGGGAGUGACAGCGCCGAGCUCCGUGGGAGCAAAGACAUGGCACCAAAGGAGGAGGGCUCUGUUUUAUUGGAGGAGCCUGGCGAUGGCUCCACCCAAGCAUCUGAAAAUGGCACUGCGGAGGAAACAGCCACAGCACCACCACCACCACCACCUCCACCACCUCCCCCUCCUCCUCCAAGCAACCCGACGCCAACACCCCCGACACCUCCACCGUUGCCACCGGACACACCGACAACCCAGAAUCACUCUGCCAACGUCUCCAACAAACAGCGACGUGCAUCUUCCUCGUCAGGAAGCGGGGGUCUCUCUGCUCCACAGGCAGAGGUAGGGGCACUAAGACAAAUGAAGAGCACAAAAUCUUUCAACAUGAUGUCCCCCACUGGUGAUAACUCAGAAUUGCUGGCAGAAAUCAAAGCCGGAAAGAGCCUGAAGCCUACACCUCACAGUAAAGGCUACACCACUGUCUUUUCCAACAGUGGGCCAACAGGCAACAACGGAAACACUGUCUCUCCACCAGAGACUCGCCCUUGUAGCCCGCCAUCCAAGAUGUCAUCCCCACUCACGUCCAACACGUCGGUCACCUCCCCCCCCACAACGCCGAGUCCCACUCCCAGUCCACCUAGCACGGGAACCUUCAGGAACAUGUCGGCAUCAGCCAGCUUGGAGCAAAUACAUUCCCAUUCCGUAAUCAACGGGAGCAGCAUUGCUGGCACGGCAGCAGCACAAUCGGGGAGAAAGUCAAGCCUUGCAGACGUGGAGGCGCUCGUACCCACGCACGACGAGCAGGGAAAAGCCAUCCCCGAAUGGAAGAGGCAGGUGAUGGUACGAAAGCUUCAGGUCAAAGUGCAAGAGGAGGAGGAGCACAAACGCAAGGUGGAUGAGGAAGCAGCGCGCCUGGCCUCCAUGCCUGCCUGGAGGAGAGACAUGAUGAAGAAGAAAAUGAACGAAGAGAGAUGUGACAGGGAACAAAAAAGGAAAGAAGAGGAGGAGGCCAAACAGGCCAAGGAGGUAGAGCAGAAGACCGAGCAGGAGCGACUAAGGAUCCUGGGUUACGACGAAUCUAAGCUUGCCCCUUGGCAACGACAGAUCAUCCUCAAGAAAGGGGACGUAGCCAAACAGUGACCUGGCCUUCCCGCUUUCUCUUCCGCUCAUGGGGCCCUUCCCAUCAUCAACUCAGCCACAAUUCCCAAGGCCUUCCUUCACUGAUUGCUUUUCUCAACCCUUAUGCUUCUCUGUGCCCUCUGCGGGAGCAGCUCAACACCACUCCCGACGAUGUCACGUCUUUGUCUCUCAUCGUCCAGACACGGAACUGAUGCAGGCGAGGCCUGUGGCUCGCCUUGGUCCUCGUUAAAAGUCUCAUGGACACAAACUUUAAGCAGUAGUAUAGCUUCGGCAUGCAAAGUUUGCCCUCACGCAAGACCUUUUCUUUAAACUGCAUGUGUCCUUAAUUCAGGCCUGUUUGCUUUACCGCUAAUUCAAUGUGUUUCUCAUAGAUGUUAUCAUAUAAACGGCGAGUGACAAAAAAAAAAAAGCUUAGCAAUGUUGCCAUGGGAAGGAGUUAAGAGAUGUCUGCUUUGUACAGUCCACGCACUCGCCGUUAUGUAACACCAUUGACAUACUAAUCAAUUAAUCUAUGGUAUAAAGACAUUUUUGUAUGAUGGUCAUAGAAGCGCCAUAGUUGUCAUUCUUUCACAUUUUGUGGAUGUGUACAUUUCAGCAAAAUCAAAUACAUGUUAAAAUUGUUCUAAAUCAGCACUGGAAAAAUUAAAGGCUACGUUGAUCAUAAUUCAUUUUUCUAUUGGUUACUAUUGUGAUCAUGAAUGUGUGCAUUGUUGCGUAAUUUGCUUAAGCAGGAUGAAAUGGAAUAAAUAUACUUAACCUAGGUCCCACUUAUCCUGUUACACUAACAAAUAAACACAAAUUAUAUUACUUAAACACUCCAGGUUAUUUGGAUAAAGUCUAGUUCAUUUUUACAACAUGCAGUUUGUCAACACACAUUGAGUACUGCACAAGUAUAUUUAUCACUCGCCGAAUGAUGAUUAUUAUCACCAUCAUCUAAUGAAAUUUAAUGUUUUUUUUCUGCAGCAAGAAAAUAUCUUUAAGGUAAUACUCGAACUCUGCUGAAUAUUUAGUAUAGAGUGAAUGACAAAGUAAAUAUAAGCAAAGCUUGUAGUUGUCAUUAAUAUGCAGGUGUAUAAAUAUAGUAUGUUAUGUACAUACAGUAAAUUAAUUUUUAAACGCUCGGAAAAGUUAUAUCGUAUAAAUGUUUACAGUAGAGAGAAUAAUCAUUCAAUGAAGCUUGCAGUGCGCACCUUAUGUCAUCAUCAUUUGGAAAUAAAUACGGACUCAUCAGCUGCCAUAUGAUGUUGAAAUUUAAAAUGAUGUAUUCGCCAUUUGAUUUUUCUAUGCAUAUAAACCCUGUACAUAGUCACCUUCUCUGAUCAUGAUACUGUCAGUGUUUGCAUAUUGGAUCUCAGCCUUGAUUGGAUGCUGUCUAAUACCAGAAAGCAUGAUUAUGUUUUCAGACUGUUAAAAUCAAACGAAAUAAAUCGCAAUUGCAAAAAAAAUAACAA